GCGGCGGCGGCCUAGCAGGGCGGCAUCGGGGGGCGGCCAUGCCGUACGCCAACCAGCCCACGGUGCGCAUCACCGAGCUGACGGACGAGAACGUCAAAUUCAUCAUCGAGAACACCGACCUGGCCGUGGCGAACUCCAUCCGGAGGGUGUUCAUAGCGGAGGUGCCCAUUAUAGCUAUUGACUGGGUCCAGAUAGACGCCAACUCCUCAGUGCUCCAUGAUGAAUUCAUUGCCCACAGACUGGGUCUCAUCCCACUCACCAGCGAUGACAUUGUGGAUAAGAUGCAGUAUUCCAGAGACUGCACAUGCGAUGAAUUCUGUCCAGAGUGCUCUGUGGAGUUCACCCUUGAUGUCCGCUGCAAUGAGGACCAGACUCGGCACGUCACAUCCCGUGACCUCAUCUCCAACAACCCCCGUGUCAUUCCGGUGACUUCUCGGAGCAGAGACAACGACCCUAACGACUACGUGGAGCAGGAUGACAUCCUGAUUGUGAAGCUGCGGAAGGGCCAGGAGCUGAAGCUGAGAGCCUAUGCCAAGAAGGGCUUUGGCAAGGAGCACGCCAAGUGGAACCCCACAGCAGGCGUAGCCUUUGAGUACGACCCAGACAACGCGCUGAGGCACACGGUGUACCCCAAGCCAGAGGAAUGGCCCAAGAGUGAGUACUCGGAGAUCGAUGAGGAGGAUGCUCAGGCUCCAUAUGACCCCAAUGGGAAGCCUGAGAGGUUUUAUUACAACGUGGAGUCUUGCGGCUCUCUGCGCCCCGAAACCAUCGUCCUCUCUGCACUGUCCGGCCUGAAGAAGAAGUUGAGUGACCUCCAGACCCAGCUGAGCCAUGAGAUCCAGAGUGACGUCCUCACUAUAAACUGAGGUGGCCCUUUGCAGGAGAUUGUCCAGGCAGGAGUGAUGCAGAAGGUUCCUGCCUCUGCCUGGCAGCACUCUGGGCUGAGGGAUUGUCUCCUCAUCUCCCUCUGCUUCUCCUGGUGCAGAUCUCCUUGUCAGCAGCACUUCUCUUCCCAGAGAAAGCCAUGGUGACACGUAGGGUAAAGCAGGAAGAAAGUCUUUGCUGGGGUGGGGAUGGGCUUUGUCUCUGAGCCCAGAGUUUUGGACUGUGGUCACGUAGCGUUUGGGACUGGGAAGCGUGUACCUCAGUUACACAACCCUGUCCUGUUUGUAUGUCUGUUCCUUAAGUAUACUGAAUAAAGCCUUAACCCCUGUGUUCAGUCCUCCCUGAAACCUCAUCCGGGGCUGCAGGAGGAGAUAACACAUCAUUUAGUUCUCUCCAGUAGACAUUAACUUAAUGAGACCUGCUUUGGGGGGAGCAUUGCUCUGUAACUGCCGAUUGCUGCUCUUGACCUACUAAGGUCUAUGAUCUACUAAGGAUGCCAGAACCCCUGCAGCAGGUAGUGCUGUCCCUUACAGUUCCAGCGCUAUGUUUAAAGCAGAUGUUCGAGGCCGGGCUGCUAAGAGCCACGUCACAGGAGGCAGCGUGGCAGGGAAGGUUGGCCAGGGAGCCUUAGCUGUGUUUAAAGGCUCCUUUGGAGCGGACUCUUCC